CGAGCUCAAAAAGCGGAGCGAGCGCACGAGGACAGCGAGGUCGUGACCAGAAACAGAGGAGGAACUUCCCCUCCACCGAAUACCACAAGCAUCCGCCAAAAUGACCAACAUCCCGCUCACGUGGAACGAAGCCCUCAGCGGCAUCUCAGGCAGCGUCUCGCUCGCCGCCUGGAUCUUCCUGCUCGUACCGCAGCUAGCGGAGAACUACAACAACGGACACGCCGACGGCGUCUCGCUGACCUUCCUCUUCAUCUGGUUCUUCGGCGACAUCACCAACUUCGCCGGUGCAAUCUGGGCCGGACUCGUGCCGACCGUCAUUGCGCUGGCCGUGUACUUCUGCUUCCUCGACCUGAUCCUCAUUUCGCAAUGUUUAUACUACCUGGGCAUGAAGAAGAGGAGGGCGAAAGAAAAUGGGGACAAACUUGUCGCUGGAGGCAAUGCAGUCAUGCAGCGGGCUGAGAGCAGUGAGACCACGCCGCUGCUGAACGGGAACAAUGUGGCUGCUGCGAAUGGCAACAAGAGCCUGCAGAGCUCGCCGACAACGAGGAGGAGGUUGACGGAUGUGACGGAUGAGAAUUUGGGUCUCCCAGGCUCACGGAGGUCGAGCAGUGCUAUGCAGCGACAGCGGACGAAUACCAAUGAGCGCCUGGACGGUCUGUCCAAGAUUCUGGAGGAGCCAACAACGGGAAAGACGUGGUUGAAGAAUAGCUUAUCUAUUGUGCUCAUCCUUGCUGCCGGCGCAGGAGGCUGGGCCAUCGCUUGGAGAGCAGGUGUAUGGCAACCCACACCACUCGGCGAAGAAGGAAGCGACGAACAUACUCCCAUUGGCGCGGAGAUCCUAGGCUACAUCAGCGCGGUGGCAUACUUGGGCGCACGCAUUCCUCAGAUCAUCAAGAACCAGCGCGAGCGAAGCUGUGAGGGACUCAGUCUCCUCUUCUUCAUGCUUAGUCUGCUUGGUAACUUCUCAUAUGGUGCGGGAAUCCUGUUCCACUCCAUCGAGAAGAAGUACAUCAUCAAGAACCUGCCCUGGCUUCUCGGCUCGCUUGGUACCAUGUUCGAGGAUGCGGUCAUCUUCGUGCAAUUUCACACCUUUGGUGAGAAGAAGGAGUCCAGUGAAGCGGUCGUGUGAGAAGCUCGCACAACCAUGGAGAUGGCCGUGCCCUCGACCAUGCACAGUUCAAUAGCACGCCGAGCCGCCUCGCUGUUUCCCUACGAAAUAUUGAAACUUGGUGCUGGUUCUUGUUCGCGAUGCUGGCCAGCGUACAUCACCACGAAGGCUUGUUCACGUCCGCUGAUUGCACACAUCGAUUCCGGACAACGGUGAAUACACGGGCAGCGAUUUCCAUGGCAGAAGUCCGAAGCGACUGAAGCAGUGCGCUCUUCUCAUUGGAUCUGGCGUCGACGACGGGAGGCGAUUCUGUCUCAGACAAGUCUCGACUGCGCAGCCCUGUGUAGGCUGAAAACAACGUGGGUCUCUGGAGAACACUGGAGAACAAAGUGCUUUCUGGCGACUGCCAUAAGCCGGAAUUUCGGCCUUCGAGGGCCACUACAAUGGCGCGUUACUCCCGAAAGCAACCCAGCGUGACUACGCACACUCAAUCACUCACAGCAGCGGACCUGAAGCGCGCGUUGGCUACAAGAUGGA